AUGAUUCCAGACAGGCACUUCUCGUUGUCAGUUCCUCUGACGACAGAUGAAGAAGCUGAAGCGGCGCCUGAGCGCGGCGUUCCGCGGCCGCGGAUCCCAGCAGAGCGUCGAGCUGUGCGGCGCGACACCGCUAGGCAACGGAGUGCACGCCGUCCACCACCCGGCCACCUACGGACUGUUCACGGCCUCGCCGAAUCGAGCCUGGAGCCUGUCGGACUCGAUGAACCACCUUGCCGACCGGUACGUGUAGAACUACAUUUCUGCGAGCUGUUGAAUACUCACUCACCAUGA